UGAUUAUUGCGCUGAUGCAGUGUUUCGUCCUCUUGCGCGACCGCGGAUUCGUCGGCCAGGUUCUCAUCCCGUAGGCCCGCUCGUUCGCUCGCUCGAUCCAGGGACUGGGACUGUCUUCGUUGGCGUCGUGCUCGUGCAUAACGACCGGGAGCUGGGGUGGAAGAAGGGAGAGAUUUUCGGGUAGCAGAGGCCGAGUGAGUCGAUUCGGUGGAGGAAGAGGUUUUGUGACUAGCUGCGAGAGGCAAGAUGAUGGCGACCUCCUUCCACAGCCUGGUUUGCGCACAGAGCGUUCCUUGCGUCGGGGGAAUUGGCGUGGGUGCGUUCUCAUCGAUUCGAAGCGAGUCUGCUUCUUCUCCUUCUUCUUCAGUGUUCGGCGUCUCUGGACCUCUUUUCACUCCAAUUGUGUCUUCCAGGGGAAAGUGUAAUUUGCCGCGGUUUCUGUCAAAGAAGUCCGAGAGGUCUUUUGCCUGCUCGGCGAGCACGUUAGUCGACGAUGCGCCGACGAAAGCAGCGGUGAAAGAAGCACCCGUGCUACCCUUCAGAAUAGGUCACGGAUUCGAUUUGCAUCGGCUGGAACCCAACCUUCCUUUAAUCAUCGGAGGUGUGAACAUUCCUCACGACAGGGGCUGUGAAGCCCAUUCCGAUGGAGAUGUACUAUACCAUUGCGUAGUGGAUGCAAUUCUGGGAGCUCUGGGUCUUCCCGACAUUGGACAAAUCUUCCCGGACAACGACCCGAAGUGGAAGGGGUGCACGUCCGAUGUAUUCAUGAAAGAAGCGGUGAGGCGGAUGCACGAAGCCGGAUAUGUAGUGGGGAACUUGGACGCCACUUUAAUUCUGCAAAGACCGAAGCUCAGCCCUCACAAAGAGGCCAUUCGAGCUAACCUGUGCGAGCUCUUGCAAGCCGACCCCACGGUCGUGAAUCUAAAAGCCAAAACCCACGAGAAAGUGGACAGCCUGGGCGAAAAUCGAAGCAUUGCAGCCCACACCGUGGUUCUCUUAAUGCGCAAAUGACUCACAUGAGUCUGCAUGUAUUUCUUCGCCUAUUUCAGAGACGCACACGUUCUGACUCUUCGUUCAGUACGUUCCGUAGUGUACAAUAAACUGAUUAGACACCUCAUUAAGUUGCAGUGUCAAUUGUAUUUUGCUCCCAUAAUCAUAAUCCGAUCUCUACGUCGUUUGGAUGAAUUUCCCG